CGUUCAUAUGUGCGAUAGAAAUUAAGAGAAAAUUACAACAAAACCAAACAUUUAAAACAAAAGUAUCGACACAUAAAAAAAUGGCAGGUGCUUAUGAUCAUUUGUUUAAGCUCCUCAUAAUUGGAGACAGCGGAGUCGGCAAAUCAUCGUUGCUGCUUCGCUUUGCGGACAACACAUUCUCAAACAGUUACAUAACGACAAUAGGUGUUGAUUUUAAAAUACGAACUGUUGAUAUUGAAGGGAAACGUGUCAAACUGCAGAUAUGGGACACAGCGGGCCAGGAGCGGUUUAGAACAAUAACUAGCACGUACUACAGAGGCACGCACGGUGUCAUUAUAGUGUAUGACGUCACAAACGGUGAAUCAUUUGCCAACGUGAAGCGCUGGCUUCAAGAAAUCGAACAUAACUGUGAUGUCGUCAAUAAAGUUUUAGUCGGUAAUAAAAACGAUGAUCCAAACCAGAAAGUGGUCAUCACUGAGGAUGCGCAGCGCUUUGCAAAGCAAAUGGACAUUCAAUUGUUCGAAACAUCAGCCAAAGACAAUAUUAAUGUAGAAGAAAUGUUUCUUGCAAUCACGAAAAAAGUCUUAUACCAUAAAUUACAGACCGUUCAAAAUAAGCAGGACAACGAUGAACCAAUUAAAACAUACAAAACAAAUCUAUCACUUUACGUACGCACUAAGAGAAACAAAAUGAUGAGCGAAGAAGAACAUAAGCAGAUGACUAUCGCACAGCAGAGUUCCAGAACCGAAUAUCCAUAAUUUCCGUACAAUAACAACAACAACAACAACAAGUGCAAUAGCAGCAAAAUGAUAAUAAUGAAUCAACAAUGGACAACUCCUUUGGAACUAAUAAUCAUUUUGUUCCGUCGAGAUUGAACAUAUCGAUGUUGUGUUUUCUUUGCAACGAAUGAGAUGAUUCAAUUCCGUUGCAAGAUAACCAACGGCAUCUACCUAAUAUGAACCGCUUCGAAUAGUUUAAAAGCAGGAAAAAAUAAGAAAAUACAAUAAAAAUCUAAAAUAUUACUCAAUUUUAGCCGAGUGAGUUGUGAGUUUUUGGAAUGAAUUUUUUUUUUUGAUACGGCUGAAAAAGAAAGAAUACAACAAAAUUUAGAAUAUUUUUGGAUAAUGGAUAUUACCGCGUUUUUUGCUCGGAUGGACGGCUAAUAUUUCGAUGCCACACUUCAAUUGAUAGAAGAAAAAAAACCAAAAGAAAAGUACAAAGAUGUGAAUGCAAUAAAUGUGUCUAACUCCAAUAUGCGAAGCAAAGCCAUCGAAAUAACCUCCGAUAUUGCGACGAAGGUGUGUUUUUAUCACCAUCACCACCACCACCCAGUCAAUUUAUGUGUAUAACCAAUUCAUUGUGGCUGCAUUUAUUCCUCUCAUUUAGAUGGAAAAAAGAAGAAAUACCCUCAUUCACACGAACACAUUUCGUUUCGUAUACUAUUUACUAGUGCGCAUAAAAUAAAUAAUAUCAAUCGCUUUGUAUUUUUGUAGAAAUUACAAGAAGAAAAGAAGUUUUGUUCUUCUCAAAACAAGGAAAAACGAAAAAUGUAAAAUUAAAAGAAACGAAUGCAAAGUGUGUGUGUUUUCGUUUUGAAAUUCCCUAGUCGAUAUUCAAAGGGAAGAAAGAAUUGGACAACACUCGCUAUUAGCCAUAUUCGAUACGUAAUCCUGCACUGAACCCACUAUUCAGUCUGCUAUAUAAAUAUCAGCUAUUAAAUUACAGGUCAAAAUCAUAUUUAUCAAUUUUUUUUUGGAAUUGAAUCUGCUUUUGAAUUUACACGAAGAAGAAGAAAAAAGAAUGUUUGUCGAUACUUCCAAUUACAAUUUACUCUUCCAAGUUAACCAAUUAUGAUUUGUUCUUUUAUGUUCACUCUUGCAAUUUCGAACGAACAAAUCACGAAUUUCGAAAUUAACAAAUAAAUUAUUACAUUUUGAUUGCAUAUCAUUUUGUUUACCCAACAACAAAAAAACGAUGAAUUAUUUUAUUUAUUUCCAUUCAUUUGUGCAUUUGUUGAUAUUUUUUUCUCUUCGGUUCUCAUAAACUAUAUAUAUAUAAAAUUAACUACUCUAUGACAUUUACUCCAACUUAUAAUUUUAGAAAUACUUUUUUUUUUUUAAAUAGGAGUGUACAAACAACUGAAAUAUGCUAUCAUUUUAUGUAUGAAAUUGUAAAAUAAAUGAAUACGGUAUAAAAGAAACAAGAAUUGAAUCAAAAUAAAUGGAAA